GAAUCAGCAACAUUUAUAUUUUGUUUAUUUAUAUUGAUUCAAAAAUCGCAUAUUCUAAAAUUAACGUUGUAUAAUUUGGCUUAAAAGUGCCACUUGGUAUUAAUGGCUGGUAUUUUGAUUGCAGCUUUCGCCGUGGUAUUUUUCUCGUUGCAGCAGUACGGUCACACUAAUCCACAAACGCAAUUUGUUGUUUUCCAUCGCGCUGCUAAAUUUCAUGGUAAAGCAAUUGGGCAUGUCCUUUCCCACGGCUCGUGCACAACUGGUGCUGUAGACGCCCAAGUCCAGCCAGUGCUGCCACAUCGAUCGAUUUCGCAUUUCUUUUUCAUUUCUUUUUGUGUUCUCUCUUAUUGCCGUUGUUGCUCCCGCUGCUGCUCUUGCUGCUCCAGCUGCACACAGGUGACAGUGUGACAGAGACAGAGACAGAGAGUGUAUAAAUCGCUCGCAAAGUUUUUGUAUGAACGCAAAUAGCAGAGGCGCUGCGGCCUCUGGCGGUGCAGGUGGCAGCGGUGCUGCUGGUGGAAGUGCUGCUGCUGCUGCUGCAUCUGCUGCUGCUGCAGCUGCUGUAGCUGGUGUAAGUGGUGCUGUUGGUGGUGUAGCUGCUGCUUCUGCUGCCGCUACUCCUCCUCCUCCUGCUGCGGGCUCCAAUGGGCCUGCUGCCCAAUCAGCUGGCGAAGCUGUCUCAGCAGCGGCGGCGGCAGCAUCUAGUUCUACAAAUGGCGGCAACGAAAUUGGCGGCACCAAUCUCAAUGAUGAUCAGGAUGCAAAGCGGCGCAAGUGCUUGGAAACGGAUGAGGCACAAGAUGGCGCCAGCACAAUGAUUGAUGCGAACAGCGUGCUCAAUAAGAUGGCGACUGUGUAUGCGGAGCAAUUAAUGUCGGACAUUGUGCUGCUGGUGGAUGGCAGGGAGUAUCCGGCACAUCGGGUCAUAUUGUGCGCGAGCAGCGAUGUCUUUCAAGUGAUGCUCAUGAAUCGGGAGUGGAACGAGUGCAGCAAGGAUGUGAUUGAGCUGCACGAGGAGGCCUGCUGCUCGGCCGUCUUUCCACAGUUCAUCAAAUAUUUAUAUGUGGGUCAUAUUGAGGUGACGCUGCAGACGGUGAUGCCGAUGCUGGCGCUCUCCGACAAAUACAAUGUGCGGGAUCUCAUCGAACUGUGCGUCGGCUAUAUGAAUAAGAAUGUCGCAAAGGCGGCAACCAGUGGUUAUCUGGUAUCCUGGCUACAGUAUACACUAUCGUUUACGCCCACGCAUAAUGAUCUCACCGAGACGCUUAAGCGUUUCCUCAAAUGGAAUCUGGAAAUGGUCGCCGAAUCGAAGGAUUUCAUCGAUAUGGAUCCGGCCAUAUUACAGUUGCUCCUACAACAGAAUGACAUUGUCAUUACCAGCGAGUACAAAUUGUUUACCAUCUUGCAGACCUGGUUGCUCCAUCGACGCGACCUCAUCGAAGCGAUGCCCGGCCUCAGUGCCGAGAAGCGGGCCAAUACCUUCAUGGAACUGAUCGAGCAGACUGUCAUGCAUAUACGAUUUGGCAUGAUGACGCCACGUGAAUUGUCGCAUCUGCUAAUUGUGCCGCUGGUCGAAUACCACAAGGAGUUCCUCGUCGAACGGAUUGCCAUCGGCAUGAGCUAUCAGUCGGGGCAGGAGGAUCGGGUGCGAGAGGUGCGCAAAACCGAAUGCGGCGAACUGCAGUUCACUCCGCGUCUCUACUGGAACGACACGUGGAGUGUUCGGAUCGAUGUCCACAAUUUCGAUGAGAUCGAGCACUAUAAAAACUAUGUCACCUGCUUCUUUUCCCAACGUCACAUCGCCGAGACUGAAGAUGAUUCAUGCAUGACUUGGGAAAUUGAAUUCUUUCCGCGCGGCGUCAGAUAUAAUAAGGCCAAAAUGGUGUGUGGUGAGGAUGUGCCCGGCUGUUCACUCAACACGGUGCGACUGCGAGUCACAUGCAAGCACCAGAAUAUUGGCGAGGAACGUUUUAAGAUUGCUGUGCUGAUUGUUGGUGAACAGAAUAAGAUUGCCCAUAUACGGACUGUGGUGGAGCGAUCGGAAUACUUUUCGGAGGUGGCGCGUGUCAUCAAUUUGGAUAAUCUAUUGCCGUACGAGGAGCUCACAUCGCGCUCUUUGAGUCCACAUCUAACGGGCAAUAAGCAGAAUACGCUCUCCCUGCAUGUGGUUAUUACACCAAUGGGUUCGCACACCUGUCGCGACACGCCCCCAUUUCAAUUUUAGGCUGAUCGAUAACAUAAUAAGGCGCAUAAGUCUAUACUCCAACCCCGCCCCGCACCCCGCCCCCGUCAAACCAUGUGAACACAUUGUAGAGUGCGAGUACAAUCCAUUUAGCACACCAGUUCUCUCCAGUUACGCUCCUGGUUCAUCCUAGUCGUUUUUACGCAGUUUUUGUGCUCGCAUCCAGCUACACUUGAAAUGUUCUCCAUACAACUCUAAAUGUAUUUGCAUUCAUCUAAAGCGCAGCACCUCGCCUCUGAGGUAGUUGCACACAGAUACCGCUGUGCUGUACAAUUCCCAGCCUAAGCAUUAUAUACUAUAUAUAUAUACAUACAUAUAUAUAGGUCCUUCAAUUCUGCAAGAUUUACUGUUUUUGUGUUACGAUUAUUAUUAUUAUUAAUAUUAUUAUUACUAUGAUGAUUGUGUAUUUUACAUUUUUUUAAAUAUUUUUUAUUCGAUUCGAUUUUAACUAAAGCAAUAACUAUAGCGAAAAGGCCAUUUACUUGAUUAUAUAUUGUGUAAUUUGCCUUUUAAAAGACAUGUUUACGGUUCAAUGAACAUUGUAACUAUUGACUAUGGAAAACAAAUUUUUUUCUAAUAAACGUUGAUUUGUAUAGAAA